GACCUACCGCCGGGUGAGGGAAGGGUGCCCCCCCCCCCGCCGGUAGAACGCGGGGGAGCCCAGCGUUCGCGCACUGGCGCUGUGUGGAGAGACUUAAAAACAGUCGUGCCAAGCUGCUGGAUAGAUACCGCCAGGCUGGGGAGAAUGUGCACUGCCAUGCGCCAGGUGCUCUUCUCGUGCAGGAGGUGAUGGAGGAGGAGUGGCAGGCCUUGCAGUCAGUGAACGUCAGCCUGCCCUCCCUCAGGAGAAAGGAGGCGCUGUCACAGGUGUUGGAGGACCCCGAUGAACUAGCAGUACUGGAGGAAAUCCAACAAGAGUUGAUCUCACAAGAACAGUUGACAAUAGAAGAAUAUGAACGGAGUCUGCAGUUCGACCAGGAGUGCCUCAAUGCAAUGCUUGACAGCUUGGACACAGGCAACAAGAUUAUCUGUCCUGUGUGUAAAAGGAAUAACCUGACUGUGAUGAGUCAUUUGGUUUUAUGCCAGUGUGGAUUAUACAUCAGCGCACAGGGUAUGACAGAACAGAAGCUCCGGUCACUUCUAGAAGACAGUGUAACAGAACAUGGUCAUCAGUGUCUUCACAAUCCUGAGUUCUCCAUCACUAGUGGAAUGGAGGGAGAAACCAAUCUUCUCAUGAGCUGUCCGGUCUGUGACUCUUGGACAGUCCUCCUGUAACUACAACCCUGCUGGGGUUUCUCUAUGGAAAGAAUACACUAGUAAGAUCCUUCCUUCAGCCUCUAAGCAACUUGGAUGGCAUCCUGCACAUCUUUUUUUUUAUAUUUAACUGUAUAUAAUUUUGUACUUUAAUACUGGAUAUCAAGCAAUAUUGGCUUAAUCUGCACUUUUGAUAGCUGAAUAAAUAUUUGAAAUGA